CCCUCAAUCUCUCCCCUUCGCACACCGUUCACUCUCUCUCUUUCUAGGUUUUCUCACUCUAAAACAAUGAACGAAAAUGGACAGGAGUCGUCUCUUUCGGAUUUUGAAGCCGCUCGGAGUAGUCUUCGACAGCGUUGGGAGUUGGCUUCUGUUCUCAAUUUCUUCAAGGUGUUUGAGCCUGUUAUAGAAAGUAAUCUGAAGAUUUCUGCUGAAGAGAUUGAGACAUCACUCAUUCAACCAAACAAAUCUCUUGCUCAGAUUCACAUAUCACUCUUAAAGGGAAUCCCACCUGUAAGUAAAAACCUAAAAGAUCCAGAUGCUUGGGUUGUAGCACUCUCUAAGAAGCUCAACAUGUGGUGGCCAUGGGUUGCCGAGGGUGAUUUUCCAUUAACCACAGCCAAAGGGGCUGAAAUGGAAACAUACAAAAAACUUGACCCCACAAUUCGUCUUGUAAUCCUUAAAGCACUCUGUGAGAUCAGAGCUGAUCAACAUGAUGUGGUGUCAUACAUUAAUGAAGGAGUAAAAAUCAAGAAUGAGAUGUCUACUUUCAGAAAAAUAAACAUUGGGGAUGAUGGAAAAGGCACUUCAUAUUGGUGUGAUGGGGAUGAAGUUAUUGGUUUUAGAUUGUAUAAAGAAAUAAAUACUUUUAAAAAAACUAGAACAGAAACAACUGUUGGUUGUAUAUGGGAAACACUUGCAACUAACCUAGAGGAGUUCCAGAAAGUUGUGGAUGAUUACUCAUCAAGUAAAUCAAAACUUGAAGUUGCUGUUAGUGUUGUAGUUGAAACUGAAAUCAUGCCUGUUCUUAAUAAACUUGAGAAGAAAAAACAAAAAGCAUUGCAGAGGAAGAGGCAUGAAGAGAGGAUUUUGAAUAAUUUCUGUAGAGUUGGAACCACACGUUCCUGUCGUAGAUCUAAACCUGUCAGUUACACUUUUGAUGAAUAUGACAAGGUCAUUAAUGAAGCCAUACGACAAACCAAGAAGAUGAAAACCAAAGAAGAACAAAAGAAUCAGAAAAAAGCAACUGCAGUGAAGGAGGAGGAUUCACAUUCAGAGCAAGAUCAGGAUGAUGAUGAGUCCACUGAAUCUGACUCUGAGAACACCAAGCUUGAAAAUGGAAAUGUUUCUGAAGAUAGCAGCCAGGAUUCUGGUGAAGAAUCACAUGAAGAAAACAAUGAUGAUGAAGAAGAAACCAAUGAUGAUGAAAAAGAAGCAAGCGAUGAUGAUGAAGAAGAAGAAAUCAAUGAUGAUGAAAAAGAAAAAAGCGAUGAAGAAGAAGAAAACAAUGAUGGUGAUGAUGAGGAGGAAAAGAAUGGGAGUGAUAGCAGUGAAGAUGAGUUAGUUGAGAAAUCUGAAAUUGAAAAUGGUAAUUUUGUUGGGAAAAAAAGAGGUAGGAAUGAUGAUGAUGAUGAUGAUGAUGAUGAUAUGGAAGAGAUGAGAAACUUUGGUGCAAAGAAAAGAAUGAGGCAAAGACCAAACCGUAAUUCUGCCAUUGAAUCCUCCAUUGUUCCUGAUUCUGAGGAUGAAAGUUGUUUGGGAAAUAGUGAUAGUUAGAAACGGUAUGUACAGUUUCGCAUGGAGGAUUCGGUUUCGUAUUGAAAAUAAAUACGAGUUUUGGAAUUUCUUUUUUUGGAGUAGAGGAGGAGGAUUGUAGUAUUUAAGAGCAUCCUAUUGAAGAAGAGGUUAGUAGAGAGGUAUAUUUGAUCAUUGGAUCCAUCUUUUUUGUUGUUGAUUGAUUGAUAGGAUCAUACUUAGGAUGGUGGUUUUGUUUUACAAGGAUUGUGGUUGUAUCUUUUUGAGCCUAAUAUCAUGAAAUGGCAUAGCUCGAAGUUCAAAUGGUGUGUGUACCUUUAAGAUGCAUUUGAUGUGGAGUUGUGUUUUUAAGAGGUGAAAAGAAUUGGCUUGUA